GGCGAAGUGGCGCAGAGCAUGCUGGGCGAUCUCCAGCUCAGAGAAGAUCAGCUCGAGAGACGUGAAGUGAGAGAAAGUUCCAGCUAUCCUUGUGUUUUCUCACCAGUUAGGCUUCAUUGUGUUAGCCAAGGACAGUGUGCGCCCUUGUUGAUAUACCACACAGUCACACACUGGUUGAAGCAAGUUGCCAGACCACUAAGUGCCCUAGCCUAUCCAUACUACAUACUGUCAUACUGUAGUAUUGAUCUGUCUGUCAUCUGUGCCCUUACCAGCACAUGGGAGCGAACACAUAAAGUAAGACCUAACCUAAAGAAUAUACAGUCCACCAAGUCCUCACUAACAUUGUGAUCUGUUCGAGCCGGAUAAAGGUGUUUACUCCAGGAUCAAGAUGCAGCGAGUUACCGAGGAGGCCUGGACCUGGUCUGAUCAUCCAAGGCACCAAUCCUCACCUUAUCCAAGUUAUACGAGCACAGGACAGUAUGUACAUGGACAAGAUGACCUUCAGCCUCGCAUGGAGGGAGCUGCCAAGAUGACACCCCUCACUCCACCCAGCCCCUUCCUCUCCAGCCAGGCCAGAUGGGACACAACUCCAGAUGAGUGGGAGACUUUCAGAGAGUACAGGGCCAUCCUAAACCCUCAUCUGACCCACGAGAGCAGAAGGAUGAGCCACAGUAAGCAGAGUAAGGAGCAACAUACAGGUCUGUCCAUGCUCUACAACAGUCCCUGUGAACACAGGAAGCCACCUACACAGCACGAGCUAGUGAGAAAGUACAUUGAGCAAGAUAGAGGCCAGCUGUGGCAGUCCCAGCGAGCUAUGCAGGUCAGGCCCACUCUGCUACGUGAGAAACAAGAAGAGAUGGUACAGGUAGCCGAGACCCUCCUCUCCGUGCUGCCACAGCUCACAUCCCAGUCUAUAGCUAGUCUCUCCUGCUAAGCCAGCCCCUAAAGAGCCCUCAUGCCGAGGUAUCCUUCCAGCAGAUAAAGUUUAGCUGACACCACUACGGCCCGCGUCAGGGCUGGUUGAACAUACAAAGCCAUCACUCAACGAAGAAGAUACGGCUUGUGAUGGACCGUAUGACGACAGUGAGUGGCCCCCAACGUGGUCUCCAGCAUGUGUUGAGUCAUUACUGCCAUGUCAUCAGAGUAACUCCAAGCCUAUAGUGUGGCUACCAAGAGCCUCCUCCAGCAGCUAUGAGUUCUCUCAGUCCCAGCACUCACUCCACCUGUCAGGAGGCUACUCUUCCACCAGUGGUCCAGCUAAGAGAAAUACCCACCUGUCAGCUCCUAGACACUCUCAGUGUGGAGUAUCAGCCCCUUGAUGGUGCCAGGGUGUGUCUACCUGUCCCUGCCAUUGGUUUUCAGUUCACCCUCAGCAUGGGUAUCCAGCCUGUUCCUGACAAGGUGUUUCAGUCUGCCACCACGAAGGACCCAUCAGUCAACAGUAGUCUGCAGCCAGCCACUGUUCCAGAGUUGCCACCCGCUCCUGCUACAGAGCCGAAGUCAGUCAACGAGGUGGACUCUUUAGCUGCUCCAGCCACAGGGGCUCUGCCUACCCUGUCCUGGAGCCUAGACCAGCUACUGAAGAUGGGGCCCAGUCUGCCACCUUCCCCAAGGUUACUGCUGAUCCCAACAAAGCUAACUCAUUCUUCCCUCAGGUUCCUGUAUGCCACUGACUAUGGGGCCGAGCCUACCCUGUGCUCCAGCCUCCUGUCUGUUCCUGCUAUAGGAGCUCAGCCUAACUCUGUCAAGUCAGACUCACUGUCUGUCAGGCAUGAGGAGCAGCUUUCUCCAUCCAUGAGGGCCCAUCCUGUUUCCAUCAUCUUAGACCUGCUGCCUGCUACCCGGGCAGCCCAGCUGGACCUAAAGGUACAACCUGGCCCUGUCUUCAGGUCACCAGAUUCUGCAACAGAGAACCAUCGUGUUGCAGCCACAGGCCCACAGACCACCGUUGAUGCAGAUCAUCAGCCAGCAUCUCCCUGGUUGCCACUAGCCACAGCCUUGGGAUCCUCAGCUCGUCUCAGUAUCUCUCCUACCAGCUGCAACCCAGGGGCCACCACCUGGCUUUAGACUGAAAGUCAUCCCUGUUUCAGUUAGGGGGGCUUCGCCAGAAGCCAACGACAAGCCCCCACCUGCUCCUGAUGAGGAGCCCAGUUAAUCUCCAGCAAUGUGCCCUCCACUUGGCCCUGGCUUCCAGACACUGGCUCUGUUGGGGAGCCCCCACCUGGUCUUGAGUGGGAGCCCACCACUGCUUCCUCCACAGGGGCCGCUUUAGCCGCUGCCCUGAGGUCCCAUCCAUUCCUUGCCAGCAAGGUUUUCUCUGUUUCUAUAGGGGAGCCUCCGCCUGCUCCUCAUCGGAGACCUUCAGCGACGCCUCCUGAGAGGCCAGAGCUCGACCCUGACUUCUGGGACUUUCAGUCAUCUCACCUGCAACCUGUUAGUCCCUGCCUGUGAGAUCCACCCUGGCUCAGUCGGGGAGCCCCAACCUGACAGUUGUUGAGAACCCUUUGCAGCUCUAGCCCAGGGUCCAUAGCCACACCCUGCUUGGGGAGCUCUGCUGCCUUCUCUGGAGAACAUGUCUGUCCCUGCUAUGAGACCUCGGCUCAGCCCGAUUAUCAGCUCAGAUCUGGCUCCUGACCCUAAGACUCAGUUUCCCUUGGUCUGGAGGUUCGCUGCCUGAUCCGGUUGGGGAGUCUCCGUCAGAGCCUGAGCCCUUUAGGCUGUCCGCCGUAGAGCUACUACCUGGCCCUGCUCUAGGGAUCAAGCCAGCUCCUGCCAAUGGAGCCCAGAGCACUCCCCCUUUGAGUCUCAGACUGUGUCAGCCCUAGAGACUGUUUCCUCUGACAAGUCUGCCCCUAGUACAGAUUCCCUGCUGGUAGCCCCAACAGCCUCUGAGUCAGUUGUUGGACCAUGUAGUAGGACCUGUCUGCCAGCCUUUACUUGCCAGUGUCCUGCCCUUGGUUAUUAGUCAGGCCAUGGUGCCCCUGUCCUUAGCUCCCCUGUCACCAGACAUGCAGGUGUCCCGGGUGCCCUACUAGGUAAGCAGUCAAGUGUUCCCCCUAGUUUCCUGCCAGCUGACACCCUAGUAGUUUGGACUGUAACUGACAGCAGCUCCUACACCUCUAGAGCAGAGAACCCUUUCCAUCAUUUAAGCCCUGGACUAGAGUUUUUGUUUUUAGUGGUUAUGCCUAGCCAGGCCCUCUGUUGAUCGGAUGGCUAGACACCCCUAGACAUAUGUCUGUUAUGUUUGGGUAAUUGUUAAGAUAGUCCUCCAUAAAAAUUAUAGGACUGAGGAGCUCAGUUCAGGUGACUUUUUAAGAGGACAUUCUACUCCGAAAUGAAAUGAGUAUGCUGACACCAUCUAAAAUAGAAUUUCCACCUCCAGAAAUUAACCCAAUAACACAUUGGUUAAAUUAUUUGUAAAAAAUAUCUUAACCUAUUGGGCCAUGUACAGUAUAUGGCCAAUGCAUGGUCCAUAAUAUCAGGUAUGCUAUUAGCAAUAAACAUUAUCACCUUUAGCCCAACUGAUGCAGCAAAGUGCAAAUAAAUUGGCAACCCCAUGCUUCAGCCUAUCUCCAUUUACCCUAUUGGGCAUUUAAUUUUUUUUAAUUGAACCUUUAUUUAACUAGACAAGUCAGUUAAGAACAAAUGAUUUUUUACAAAUGACGGCCUACCCGGCCAAACCCAGACGACGCUGGGCCAAUUGUGCACCGUCCUACGGGACUCCCAAUCACAGCCUGGAUUCAAACCAGGGACUGUGAUGACGUCUCUUGCCUUAGACCGCUGUGCCUAUCUUGAGCCUCAUCUCAAAAUCAUUAGCCAGAUCACAUUUGAGAUCUUUUAACUAGUUAUUAUCAUAUUGAUGAAUUUUAUGACCCAAAAAACCUGCAUAAACACUGAAUGUAAUGUAGGCCUAGCUGUUAGGGUAACUCAGGGUAACUCAGGGUAACUCGCCACCUGGGGUAAAAAGUCCCCUGCCUGUACUUCUCACAGAAACCACUUCAUGUAACAAUCCCCCCCCAACACUUUCCCUGGUUUCUAAUACUCUUGCUCAACAGAAAAUAUCUGUCUCAUCACAAUUUAAGUCAUUCCAAAGAAAUUAUUUUAAGGUAGAGAGGCAUUGUACCCCAAGUCACCCUACGAUUGACCAGUGUUCUAUUUAGCCCCACUCUCCCCUCGUGCUUAACCAUUCUUCUGCUAAAAACCCUGGGUUUAAAAAGGCUCAGUUCGCUCAUAUUUAGGAGUUGAUAAAUAAAUAAAGCAGGAAUAGAAAGCUGGGAUUCCUCUCCUUUUAACAAAAAACAUUAAAAUGGCUGUUUUUGCAAUUGCAAGAAUUGUUGUGCAUUGACUUGCUUGUCAGAAUGCAUGUUUGCCUCCCCGUGGCACUUAUAACAUGAAUGUUCCAAUAGAGGAAUAUUUAUCUAGCAUAGAACACAACAACAAGCCGACUAGGUAAAUGGAUAAACUAUUAUACCAUGGGGUUGUUUGAUUUUUCUAUUAAUUACUUGUUUUGUUUGCAGAGGAAAAGUGGAAUGUUCUAGCAUCUUCAAUUGCGCCUCAGCAGAAAUAUGUUUUCAUGUUCCAUAUUGUUUUGGUUGCAUAGUGGCAAUGAUUUUGCCGUGGCGCACCCCCAUAGCAAAUUGAGUACAGUGGAAACAUUGGUCUGGUACAUAUAGGGACAUACAGCAGAUUGUGUGAGUGUGACCUGUUGCUUGCUGGGCUACAACCUAGUCUCAGAUAACUUCAUAUUAUUCUGUGUGUACAUCUGAACACCCCAUUUAGUAUAGACCCUUUUGCCAUACGUGACAGAUGUGCGUGACUCUUGACUGCAGUAAGAAUGCCAUUGCCAUCUGCACCCAUUUAUCAUAGCCUAGAUUUACAUUUUUAUUUAUUCUAAACAAAACAACUUUUUGGGGUUCUCAUACUCUUACAAUGAUGUUUUGAUUCUUGCUUGAACAGUCGCUAAGAUUAUAUUUGGUUGUGGUCUUUGCAAAAUAACUAUUUUGGAUACAACUGUUGUUAGCUAGAAUUCUAACACUUGAUAUAGCCUGGCUAGCUUUUGCUACAAAGAGACAUUUUACUGGUUGAAGUUUAAGUGUUUUUUUCAAAAGUAUAAUGCAGUUGAUUUGCGAUGAUGACAAACAUGUUAAGACAUUUAUACAAGCCUUUAAAAUCCAAUUAUAAACCAAAAGUAGUGUGAAAUGCACUUAUAAGCAACAUGUAAAUAGACGCCACCAACUUGAACACAUCGCUCUUGUGCGACAAUGUUUGCAAACAUAGAAAGGCACUGAGUAUCCCGGAUUUACAUUUACUACGUUAUGGCUAGUCUGAGACCAGGCUGGUCAUGUGUGUAAAAAUAGCUGCACUAUUGUACUGCACUGUUCCAAUAUGGGACCAGGGCAUUCGUUCAGCUCACAUGUCAUCAGAUUUGUACAGGGACUGCAAUCACUACAAGGGAUACAGCCAGCCAGGGGUGAAGAGUUGAUGACUGUCAACUCAACUCUAAUUAGGGCUACUUCAGGCACGAAGCGAAAUAACUUCACAACUGCAAGAGGAAUCGUAAAUAUGUGGACACGUUUCCUUUAAGAUUUCCCCCUCCCGGGUUGACAAUUGUAGCGGGUGUGACGUUUUCAACAUCUCGUCCGCUAAGGAAAAUAUGCUGUUCUACGCCUUCUAAUCCGGAGAAUUUCAACCUGCUAAUGAAAUUGUAACCAAAGAGGACAGCUAUGAAUUCAUAAACUCAAUGGAAGUGUUCCCGUCAUUUCAACAUCCACCCAAAAAGAACAACAGGACGUCUCGACAGGAACGUCUGGGUUUUGACAGCUUUCGACCGAAGUAGCAAGUUAUCAUUGCCCUGACUCUGAACCGCGAGGCAGUUUGUGGACCAACAGCAAGCCUACCCAUCUCGCCCUUUCCUGGCCAGGGCUAAUCGCCACACAGUGACAGGACUGUCUGUGUCGACUGCUGCCCAGAUGCCCGGUGGAGGAUGCCUUCGCAACAGCUAGACAUGGAGGUGAUGACCCCCCUCAUCGAGAACCCUGGAGGAGUAGGGCAGGAGGAGGAGAACUCUGAAGAGGACCAGGAUCCAGAGCUGCUGCCUGUCAGACACUAUGAGCUGGGAAACAGCCACCAGGGCAUCACGUUUACUCAGGCUCUCAUCCACCUGCUGAAGGGGAACAUUGGAACUGGGUUGCUGGGUCUUCCCCUGGCAGUACGCAACGCAGGGGUCAUAGUGGGGCCUCUUUGCCUGGUGCUGAUGGGUGUGGUCUGUGUUCACUGUAUGCACAUCCUGGUUAACUGUAGCCACCACCUGUGUGAGAGGUUGAAGAGACCUCCCCUAGGGUACAGUGACACAGUGGCCUUCUCCAUGGAGCACAGCUCCUACCAGUGCUUCAGGAAGAGUGCCAGAUUUGGGAGGCACCUGGUCAACUUCUUCCUGGUGUUGACACAGCUGGGAUUCUGCAGUGCAUACUUUGUGUUCCUGGCAGAGAAUAUAAAACAGGUCGUUGAGGGAUACCAAGGUGUAAACAUCACCCUGGCAGCUGAAUCCCUGUCAUUCGCCAACACCUCCAUGGUGCCAGCCCCGGUCCCUCUACCCACCAUGGUGCCCUCUGAGCCCUGGGCACUGGACCUGCGUCUUUACAUGCUCUUCUUCCUGCCCUUCCUCAUCCUGCUGGUGUUCAUGAAGGACCUGAAGAACAUGGCCGUCCUGUCGUUGCUGGCCAACGUCUGCAUGGCCGUCAGCGUCAUCAUCAUCUUCCAGUACAUCACGACGGAUUUUGGGGACCUUCAUCGUCUCCCUCUCACUUCCCCCUUGGGCAAGUUCCCCUUCUUCUUCGGAACAGCCAUCUUUGCCUUCGAAGGCAUCGGAGUGGUUCUUCCUCUAGAGAACCAGAUGAAGGAACCGAAGCGGUUCCCCACAGCUCUGAACAUCGGGAUGGGUAUCACCAUCGUCCUCUAUGUUGUCUUGGCAACGCUGGGCUACCUCCACUUUGGUGACGACAUCAAAGGAAGCAUAACCCUUAACCUUCCUCACAAUGCUUGGACCAAUCAGAUGGUGAAGAUCCUGUACUCCUUCGGCGUGUUUGUCAGCUUUGCCAUCCAGUUCUUCGUCCCGGCGGAGAUCAUGAUUCCCCCGGUCCAAGCGAGGCUAAGGAAGAGCUGGAGGGCACCCUGUGAGAUGAUCCUCAGAGGCCUGCUCGUCUGCCUGACCUUCUCCUUUGCUGUGCUGAUCCCUCGUCUGGACCUGGUCAUCUCCCUGGUGGGUGCCGUGUCCAGCAGUGCCCUGGCCCUGGUCUUCCCUCCCCUGGUGGAGCUCAUCACCUUCUCAGACCGACCGCUGAAGCCAGCCAUGUUGGUCAAGGACCUUGUCAUCGCUGUGGUGGGCUUCAUAGGCUUCCUGGCUGGGACCUAUGUCACCCUGGCCGAGAUCGUCUCCCCAGAGGAGCCUCCGGAGGUCAUCAGGGAGGCAGCUCAGAACCUGACUGUUGCUGCUGCUACUGCUGUGGCUGGGGCCUUGGGGAUGUCUGAGGAGCUAGGUGGGAACUGGACCACACCUACUGCUGCUGUGACCUUGGGAUGACCUUAAAAUGACCUGUAGUCAUAGCUCCUAGGGCAGCAGGAGAUUAAAUGACGAGCAGACAAUGUGUUCACUUACAGAUUGUUUUUCAUAUGGUUGCUGGAUCCUUGUUUUGUCAAAUCUAUAGAAAAUUAAAUGGACAGCAUAGUCCCUGACGACGAUCUGACAGGAAUGCUCGAGUGUCCUUCCGCACAGUGUAGUCAUUGGAACAUGAAAAAGUAGAACCAAACACACAUCAUAGAAACAUAGGAAAGACACUGUACUGUACACAGCCCUAACCACAUAGAACCCUUUCAUAUGGAUGUAAUGGACUGCGCAGACAUAAGAACAACAUUUGUGGCACACACACAAGCGUAAACAUCCCCAGCUAGCUUAUCCCACUCAUCACCAGUUCAGCACGUUGCCCCGCAGUGAUCAGAGUUCUCUCUCCAUCUCCAGCUGAGCAGUGUGACAUUUCCACUGCCUCAUCUCUAUCAGAGGGGAACAUCUCAUCAAAAACGAAAUCAUGAAUGUAUGAUGUAGCAGGGAAACAAGAGUCCUUCUAUAUGCAGGUCCCACAGAACAUCAUCUGAAACCAGAUUCUCCUUGUAUUGUUGGUGAUUCGGUAACCUCUGAUAUGGUUUUUCAACCCUAGGGGAGUGGGGCCUGUAGCCGCUAUCAAUUCUUAUGAUAAAUGUUCCCUCCAAGCUGCUCGACUCCCUUCGGGCUGCCGCGCAGAUGAAAUAUCAGCCCACGCAGAGAAGCACGAGAUUGAACUUCACUCAACUUUCUACAGUUUUCCUCUUUAGUUAACAGCAUCAACGUUUCACACUACUGUGGGAAUUUUGCUGGAAUCAACGCAAUAUUAGCCACUUUCAAUGUAACAUACCGAAACAAAACGAGCUAUGCAAGAUUUAGUAUGCAAAACUAACUGUGCAAGAGAUUUUCUUUUAGGCAGAGCGCAUUGGAAUAGGAUUCUAUAGAAUUGACAUGAAUAACUCAGGCCCAUACGCUACACAGACCGGUGCACCAUAACCAAUCAGAGCUGCAGAAGGCCUAUAUGCAAAUAGCCAUUGCCAUAUAUGGAUCUGUGCCAUUCAGUUUGAACUGGACAGCAUGAGCGGGAUUGAGUAGAUGUUUUUGUUUUGAGAUCAAAGCGAGAACUGCAUGUAGCCACCUUUGCACAUUUGUUCAUAUUCUUUGCUAGUUAGUGAGUUAUUAGCACAUUUUUAGUCAACAAUCAGGGAGUGGUUGCUUCCUACAUGAACACAAAAUGCAUUUCUAGUCAUCUUUGAAAAGCAAGUCAAGUAAAGAGCUUUUUUUUGUCUUAAAGGGGAAGUGUUGUAUUUUGAGACGGUUUUGAAUACGCUAAAUAACCAGUAGGCAGAGCUUAGCAUAAUGUGUCUGAUUCUCUGUAAUAGUGGUAUGGGAAUAAUAAUCAAUUGUAUUUUGUAAAGUGGUUUCUUGCAUCAAACAACACAACCUUUUCAGUCAUCUUGCAUGUUUAAAAAAAGAAAGUCUCAUGCAAUUGUACAUUGAACACCACACAUUGGCUGUUACUGUAGGCUGAAUGAUAGAACAGCUAUUUCCAUGUUAAAAUGUUAUGGGAUGCAUUUUUCUCCAUUGUUUUGAUGGUAGGCCACUCUGGUAGACCUUCAGUAGGAUCAAAUAGCCACUGUAGCCUACUUGGACACUGUUAAAAGUGUAACUGAAAGCGGGUACAGCUUCAGUGUUCACAGUAAACUCCCGCCGGAAAUUGCACAGAAUUUUCACAAUGUUCAAGUUUGCGCUCAGCAGACCUGAAAUUUGCUCAGUGUCGGAAGGGAACAUUGAUUAUGAUCGACAACAACCUUUGAAAUUCAGAUCUGCUGUUACAUUCCUCAAUUCUGGCUUCAACUUUGACUCAUCUGCCCUGGGCUCUUUGUGUACCUCCGACCCAAUCUUCUGGCUACCCAAGUGAAAACACAGGUGAAAACGAGGCAGGAGAGCGUGCGUCCUGGUGAGACUCAGGCGAUGGGAAAACCGGCCUUGCAGCUUGUCUUCUGGUUUAGUGUCUGUAGGAGCUAUACAGAUAGGAACACUAUCGAAAACCAAGAGACUCGGAGCCUUGCCCCUUCAUUCCCUGCCCCAUUUUGUAGACUUUUUUUGACUCCCCAAGGUCGAGCUCUACAGACACGUAGGAAUAACAUUAAUAUACCCUUUUACAGGCACAUACACUUUCUCAUAGACAAAUCAAUCAAGGAUCUUUGAUAUGUACAUUGUGAAGUUUAGAUAACAUUAUAGAUGCCUGCUGUUGGCAACUAAGAUGUGUUUUUGGCUACCUGUCUACUGGGGCUAUAUUUAACCAGGACUCAACCAAGACUCCAUUUUCAAAGAACUUCCAGGCUGCUCCCUGUGGCAGUAUCUUCCAACACAGCAAUAUGAUGUAUAUUUAUUUAUAGAUAUAGGAGAAAAUAAGGUUUAACACUGAAAUGUCUGUCUGUUCAAUAAUGAUACAGUAUAACUCAGCAAUGUCAGGAAGGAAGCCUUAGCUGAUGAGAGGGAACCCACUGGGCAAAAACUGGUUAAUGUAGUUUCCAUGUCAUUUCAACAACAAAAAUUCAAUGUGAAUGUUGAUGUUGAACUGACAUCUGUGCCCAGUGGGAAGGCUGUGAUUGGCUUCCUCUAUGAGAUUGACAAUGAAAAGACCCACAUCAUUCCAUAUCCAUUGGUUUGUUAGUAUGUUUACCGGAGCGAGUGGUUGGUUCUGUCAGUGUAUCAUAUGAUCACUAUAUCCUCUAUUCCAUUUCACUGCCUCUCAACCGACCAUUCUACAUGAUCAUGUCAUAGCUUUAGGUGUCCAAUUUGUCCCUCAGGAUUUUCGAAAGUCGUCUAUGGUAAUGAUAUUGUUCCGUCCAUUUAAACAGUAAUCAGUACAGGUCAUAUGCAGCGUCCGCACACUAGUGAAUUUAUGGUGCAAUAAAGUAACUACUACCUGGUAAUAACUCAACCUCCGCUCCCUAUUACCGUCCAACGACCUCUGUCUGACGCUGCUACGUUAUAAAACCUUUAAUGCUCAAGUCUUCAUUAUGUCUCAUUUGUUGCUCUGCUGUUCAACCUAAGUGUUAGUGUCAGACGGUGUUAAGCAACGUCACAGGGCUCCAACAGUCUUUUCCACACAACACCAACGUCACUCAAGACACGCUCAAUAACACCCUUGGUUUGUUCUGAGGGUGUCCUCCAGCGAGUUCCCCAAUUAAACCAAAAUAAUCCUAGCUGAUCGGUGAUGAUGGCCGUUAGAUGGUACGCUAACACUUCAAGCUAACUUCUAAAAGAACAGCAUCUGCUCCUCUCACAAGUACCAUGCACCAAUAUGUAUUAAUGACUUGUUUUGCACAUUCAACGUAUUUCGUUUUACAUGGAUGAGUUCCUCACUCCGCUGCUGUUCCCACCACCACUGCCGAAUCCCGCCUAGACAUUCUAAAAUGAUUUGCUUUGUUGUGCCUUAAAGACAUCAAUUUAUCCCUGUUCUGUUCGUGGAGAAACCUUUUCAGCUGGAGCAAAGUGGAGGACGACAAUGAUUCACGGAUGGAUCCCUCCGCUCGGGAACAACACUCUCGCUGCAUGGAUUGAUAACCAAUGAGGAGUAGGAAUGUAAGGGUUGACAACAGACUACAGUUUUUACCACAUCUUCCAAAUAUAUUUCUAUUAUAAGUUUCCUUCUGACAAAAAUGUUUAAGUUGUGUACCUUCGAAACGGUCCUACAAAGUUCAGUUGUUUCCUUUUUUGACUUAUAACUUACUCCUUUUCCAAGCUGGAAUGUUUUGUAGAAGUCUUUAGAAGGUGGUGGUACCUAUUGGCGGUAAUAGGAUCAUUGCAGGUAUAAGACUAGGAUAUAUUUAGGUGGGGAUCAUACCGGGGCGGCAGGUAGCCUGGUGGGUAGGAGAGGUUGCUGAAUCAAAUUCCCGAGCCGACAAGGUAAAAAUCUGUCAUUUUGCCCCUGAGCAAGGCAGUUAACCCACAACAACAGUUGUUCCCCGGGCACCGACAAUGUGGAUGUCGAUUAAGGCAGCCACCUCGCACCUCUGAUUAAGAGGGGUUGGGUUAAAUGCAGAAGACACAUUUUUGAAUGCAUUGUUGUACAACUGACUAGAUAUUCCCUUUACUUUGUAUCAUGUGAGGAUAUACACUGAAUAUAUACACUGAGUAUACCAAACAUUAGGAACACCUUAAUAUAUAUAUUUUUUUAACGUUUUAACAUCUACGUUGAUUUGAAGUGGAUUUAACCAGUGACAUUAAUCAUAGCUCUCACCUGGAUUCACCUGGUCAGUCCAUGUCAUGGAAAGAACAGGUGCUAAUGUUUUGUACACUCAGUGUAUAUCAUGUACCACCUUUAUUAUGAAUUCAACCGAUGUAACACACGUUAUUAUGGUUGAAUAAAUGAACAUAGAUUUACUGAGGAAAGA